AUUACUCAGGCAGUUGAUGCCAACACUUACACAUCCUCAUAUUAAAUCAAUCAUGGAUUUCUACAAACGUAUUCUAGUGUUAACAGUAUACAGUGCUUUUGUGGUCAAUUCCAUCACGGCAGCUGAUGAAAUGUCUAACUAUAACAAAAUGUUUGCAAAUAUUUUUGAAGUCGCACAAAGGAUGCAUUCUACAGAAGAAGACAAGGUGGCAAAGGCAGAACUGUUUCGCAGCGGUUCAAGAGAUAUUUUUCACCCAUACGUGCAGAAGUUUAAGAGCAUUCUCGACAGUGAAGCAGUAAACAACCCUGAUGUGUCUGAAGCCGUAAAUAUGUAUAAUCUGUCUGAAGCUGCAACGACAUAUAAUGUGUCUGAUGCUUGUUUAACAGACACAAAGCAAAUCAUACUUGCUUUUGAAAGAAACGAGCAAUGGGUCAUUAAAUUACUCGACGCCCUUGGCAAACCUUCCAGUGGUGUAUUACAAGGAAACAUCCAGUGGGCUGGGUCUUAUGAGGAAUGUAACGCUGUAGAAGGCAGGGUGUUUGUGAAUAUGGUGAAUAACACAGGGCCACAAUACACUCUCAAAGGCAAAUACUGCAAAGGACAGCUGGAUCUGGGUAUAAUGGGAUUAAGUGCCACGCUCGGGACAUGUGUUCCUAAAACGUGCAGUACAGAGGACGCUAACACGCUGAUGAAUUUAGCCAUAUCACUGUUGUCGAACAAAAUGCAUUUCCACGGUACUAGCUGUCCCGAGGUUGAGACGGAAUAUGAUGCACGGGCCAUCGUAACCCUAACCAUCUGCAGUAUUAUUGGGUUGAUGAUGCUCCUCGGAACAGGAUACGACGUCAUCGUUGUGCGAUAUUUAAGGGAAAAAGAGCGGAAACAAGAAGAAGAAGACAAAGAUAUGACGAAAAACAUGGACGCUGGGCAGUAUCAGUCAGAAUCCUCAUUGAACGAAAGCACCACACUUCUAAAGAAAUUACCAAAACCAACUGUUGUUAGGAGUGAAGAAGGAGUGAUCGGAAAAAUCCUGAUGGCAUUUUCGGUUAUGACGAAUGGUGAAAAACUACUCAGCACUGCGCAAGGCGAGGGAAGUCUAACCGCAAUAAAUGGCAUGCGAUUUCUGAGUAUCACGUGGGUCAUACUUGGUCAUAAUUUCUCGUCAGGGACAUCGUUUUCAGUAAAUAUGCUUCCUUUCUACGGGAAGAUGAUAAAUAGAUGGACAUUUCAAACAAUAGGAAAUGCUUUUGUAUCCGUGGAUUCCUUCUUUACCAUGAGUGGUCUUCUACUAUCCUACCUGUUUAUGAAGGAAAUGAAGAAAACAAACGGAAAGAUGAAUUGGGCUAUGUUUUAUUUUCAUAGAUUUUGGAGAUUGACGCCGCCUUAUAUGCUGGUACUGAUGAUAAGCGCUACACUGACUCGAUACAUGGGUGGAGACGGAGGACCCCAAUGGGUAAAGAAGGGAAUUGAGGUGGAUUAUUGUGAGGACACCUGGUGGACAAAUCUUUUAUACAUUAACAACCUCGUAAAAACAAAUAAAAUGUGUUUGGGAUGGUCAUGGUAUUUGGCAAAUGACAUGCAGUUUUUUGUCAUCAGCCCUUUGAUGCUUGUACCGUUAUACUACAAGAAAUACCUUGGUUUCCUCGUCUGUGGCGUGCUCCUUGUGGCUUCGUUUAUAACUACUGGAGUGUUGAACUCUAACCAUGGGUGGCCCGCUUCCCCUCUGGACCAACGAGUAGGUCAAAGCGCGAUUGAAUCGUACAUGGACGACUAUUAUUUCAAGCCUUGGUGUAGGAUCGGUCCAUACAUUGUUGGAAUCCUGGCCGGAUACGCGCUACAAGCCUGUGACUGUCGAAUGAAGAUAAACAAGUUUGUGAACCUGUUGGGCUGGUUAGUAGCGACCUUUACAGCCUGUGCAAUCGUGUACGGCCUUUAUGACUCUCUGACUGGCACGAUGUUGACAGAAUCUGUCGCUGCAUUCUACAAUACUGUACACAGAAGUGCAUGGGGCGUUUGCAUCUGCUGGGUCAUAUUCGCAUGUGCAACUGGAAACGGAGGUUUUGUGAACACAUUGUUAUCCUGGAAGGGCCUGGUUCCACUCAGUCGCCUAUCCUACUGCGCCUACCUAAUACAUCUCAUUAUCAUCACUGUGCGUGCGAACUCAAUGCAGAUUCCUGUGUAUGUCUCAGUAUUCGAAGAGGUGGUGUCGUAUCUCGGAAUUCUGAUGAUGACAUUUGGUUUAGCAUUUAUAACAUCCCUUGCAUUUGAAUCUCCAAUGAUGGGAUUAGAAAAAGUUUUAUUUCCAAAGAAACGAAAAUGAAAACACUCCUACGUAAUUGUGGACUCUUCUAAGACAUCCGUUCAAAAGUACAAUGUCGGAGCAUAUGACGUGGAAAUAUACCGUACAGAAGGGAGUCGAGAUUAGGAAAAUCCCAUUUUUACGUCAUUAUGCAUUUGUACAUGAUUUGAACGGUUCCACGCCACGUGUUCAAGUGCUGUGAAAAAUGUGUUCCGUUUUCGAUAGUCUACAAGUUGAGAUUAAUAGAAAAUUGAUUAUACGCCAGCUCGUAUUAUCAGUUAAAAUACGUCCGUAAUGACAUAAUCUGCGACAUGGGGUUGUGUUGUAAUAAAAUAACUAGGAAAAUAGAUAUCAGAUAUUUGAUAAACAAGGGGGACAAAUUAAGUACAAACAAGUUUAUAUUUAGGACAGAAAGCUAGUAAAAAAAGGAAAAUACGAUUAACUUACAUAGAUGUUUCCUGGCUUAGAAUGACACACGUCACGAUGACUCAACUUUUGUUCAUACAUUAGCUGAAGGAAGCGUGCCAAUGCAAGUCUCUACUUUGAUUAAACUGAUAUCAAUUUCACAUUGUGACCGGUUUCAAAGGUGAUAUUGGCCACAGUGUGAAAAUAACACUUGUUAUUAACCAAUUAAAGCGGUUCUUCUCAUUCACUGCAUCCAAAGCGCAGAAUGCGUUGGUCUUAAAUGAAGCGACGAUAGACUAAGUGGUUUAUAUCUUUGCUAGAUACACAAAGAUAUUUAUCUAGCUAAAAUGUUAGUAGAAACGGUAGCAAUGCAUGGAAUCGCCCAUUCAAAAUGGCGUGCAACCCAGUUGUCAAUCGUGACACCAGCAUAUGGCAACUAAUACGCUAUUCAAUCCAUGUUUUGACGCAGUAACAUUUUGGUUGUUAUAGGUAGUUUCAAAAUGAAAUAAAUAUAUCAUUUGUUUUUACCCAUUGAAAAUUAUGUUUAUCUUGUAUUGCAGAGAAUAAACAGACAUGUUCACGAUCGCAAAUGAAAUAUUUACGGUACUCGACGGGAAUUUAUAGCAAUAUUCAUUUUAUAAAGUAACCAUGUAAAAACCAUAUCUUCUUUUUUAUUGUACUUCUAUUAACAUGUUAAGAUGGUCAGUUGUGUUGUUCCUUUUUACGAUUAAACUAAUUUGUUGAGAAUUUAUACAACAAAGUA